CACAACUCUGAUGGGCCAACGUUGGCCCAACAACUACGUAUCUGUUGGCCCAACGUUGGCUGUCGUGGUUGGCCCACCGUCGCUAUGUCCAUCGGUCCAACGUUGGUCCACCGUCGCUAUGUUCAUUGGCCCAACGUUGGUCCAUUGUUGGCCCAACACGAUUUCAAGCUACGUUGGCCCAUAGUUGGCCCACUAAUAGUAAGAAGACUGGUUGGCCCGACGUUGGUCAACAGUUGGUCCGACAAUUUUAAGAGGGAUGUUGGCGCAUUGGCGGUCAAAACUGGUUGGCCCAACGUUGGUCAACAGUUGGGCCAACUUUGGCCCAACGAUUACGUAUAUGUUGGUCCAACGUUGGCUGUCGUGGUUGGCCCACCGUCGCUAUGUCCAUCGGUCCAACGUUGGUCCACCGUCGCUAUGUCCAUUGGCCCAACGUUGGUCCAUUGUUGGCCCGACACGAUUUCAAGCUACAUUGGUCCAUUGUUGGGCCAACCACUGUUGACACAAUUUACUUUUUUGUACAGCCAUUGUUGGCUCCCUGGGCAGCCAACGACAGGCCACAUGAAUAAUUUGCCAACUGCAACCUUGAGAACCAAUGGUCACCGAUAGCGACGUUGACCCAACGUCUUUGUGCUAUCUAGGCAUUCAGUACUGCCACUGUAAAUGUGUUCACAUAUUAUAUCCGUUUUUCAUCAAUAAAAUAUGGUGGCUUGUUUUUCCAUACUAAAUAUAUUUGGUAGCCUUAUAAGUGGUUUCAACUGUAUUACAAGGCGAAAAUCCAUAUUUUUGAGGUGAACAACAUUAUCAGAUAAUUUUGAAAGAAAAUAUUACAAAAAUUUACCUUAAUUUUUUUUAAUGACAGCUGGUAUGUUUUCUUCUAUUUUUAAGCAUUUGCAAUGAUUUAUCGAUAGGUGGCUUCCUGGUAUUAGCGGCAGCCAACAACGGGCCAACGUUGGCCCAACUACAAUUUGCCAACUGCAAUUUUGCACUGAUCGAUAGGUCCCAGAUAGCACAUCGCCAAUGGGCCAACGUUGGGCCAACAACUACGCAUCUGUUGGCCCAACGUCGGCUUGAGCGGUUGACCCAACGUCAUUUUGUCCAGCGGGCCAACGUUGGUCCAACAGUGGCAAAAAAUUAUAUUGGCCCAACGUUGGUCCAAUGUUGGCACAGAUAGCACACCGCCAGUGGGCCAACUUCGGGCCAACAACUACGCAUCUGUUGGCCCAACGUCGGCUUGAGCGGUUGACCCAACGUCAUUUUGUCCAGCGGGCCAACGUUGGUCCAACAGUGGCAAAAAAUUAUAUUGGCCCAACGUUGGUCCAAUGUUGGCACAGAUAGCACACCGCCAGUGGGCCAACUUCGGGCCAACAACUACGCAUCUGUUGGCCCAACGUCGGCUUGAGCGGUUGACCCAACGUCAUUUUGUCCAGCGGGCCAACG